AUGACGACAUCAAACUUCAAGCGUUUCGUAGAGGUCGGACGAGUUGUCCUGAUCAACUCUGGCCCACAAGCAGGGCAAAUCGCAGUCAUUGCCGAAAUCAUCGACCACAACCGGGCAAUCAUCGAUGGCCCAACCACCAACGUCCCCCGCCAAUCAUUCCCUUACAAGCACUUGACACUCACUCCCCUCGCUCUCAAGAAAUUGCCCCGUGGCGCCGGGUCCGGAGUGAUAAAAAAGCAGUUGGAGAAGGAGAACACGGUUACUGCAUGGGAGAACUCGGCCUGGGCGAAGAAGCGCAAGGCCACCGAGUCAAGACGGCAGCUCAACGACUUCGGCCGUUUCCAAAUCAUGCUUGCUAAGAAGGCCCGCCGAGACGUCGUACGAAAGACAGUGGCUAAGGCUAAGAAGGCAUGA